UCUCUCUCUCUCUCUUUCUCUCUCUCUCUCGCUGUACUAGCAAAAGAUUUUCUGUCAGUUGCCAACAGAUUACUCCCACAACAAGUAGGCCUGUGUCUGCUGCUUCGAGACACACUAUCACAUCUUAAUAUAAUAGCACGGUGCGCUCACUUAUAAGUCUAUUAAGAUACUAUCCAAAACCACAUACAGAUACGAUUCAAGCCCGCACACAGAAAUUAUCAUGAAUCGACGAACACAAAAAAUUGUCAACAUAUGCGAUGCGUAGGUGUUGUUUACUGAAACGGCCAUCGUUAGUCUAACUGUAAAUUCUGUUCCAUGUGUUAGACGGCCAAGCUUUACUACAUCAUCACCGGCACUAAGAUUUUCAUCGCUCACUAUGUCACGGGCUUUAUUUUUAUCAACACUUCAGGCACUAAAAAAUGUUAAAGAGAACCUUUACGUCCAGUACAUUGGUAUUAACCUUGCAAACAUAUCUAAACUACCUCCUGGAUAUACUAAGGUGCGAGAGAAGAAAUCGCGACUUGAAAUGCUACAAAUUACGGCCGCUGUUUGCGGAAUAGAACUUUGCUAUGCUGCCGAAACCGCUUUUGUAAGUCCCGUUCUUCUGAAGCUGGGUGUGCCAGUUACAUACAUGACCUGGGUCUGGUGCCUCAGUCCUCUUUUAGGUUUCUUUUUGGUACCAAUUUUCGGAUCAAUGAGUGAUAGAUGUAAAUUGCGUCUUGGUAGAAGACGACCGUUUAUUCUUAUGAUGUCUGCUGGCAUAAUCGUUGGUUUGGUCUUAAUUCCGAACGGCGAAUACUUUGGAAUAUUAGCUGGUGACAAACCGCCUCUCAGUGAUUACAGAGAUAACAUAAAUGGAACGUUAUUGUAUACGAACUAUGCAAGCAAUUCGACGGUUGUGUCUAUAGCUUCAUUUCCGAAACAACAUAUAGCAUACCGAGGUAUAAUCUUAACUAUAAUCGGUGUUAUAUUAUUAGAUUUUAACUGCGACGCAUGUCAAUCACCUUCUCGGUCAUACUUACUCGAUGUUACUAUUCCGGAAGAACACAAUACCGGUAUAACAACUUUUACCAUUAUGGCCGGACUCGGGGGUAGUGUUGGAUACAUCAUGGGUGGUAUAGACUGGAAUAAUCAAUCAUUAGGAAGUGCAUUCGAAGGACACGUUAGAACCGUUUUCAUGGUUGUUUUAGGCAUUUUCAUUCCAUGUGUUUUAUUAACGGUAACCAGCAGCAAAGAAAUACCUUUGGAAGAAUUAGAUAUCGAUGUUGAAAAAUAUCAGAAGAAAAAGAAAAAAGUAGGAAAAUCGAAAUAUGAGAAAUUUGAUAAUGAAAGCGAUACCAGCGAUGAAAAAGAAAGUGAUCAUAUUCCAUCGUAUGACUCUCUUGGAAGUUCUGAAACCGAAAAAAAAACAGCUCAAAAUAAUGAGCAGAGACACGAUUCCAAUGAGAGAACAGAGACUGAAAAACAUGAAGAUAAGGAAAUGACUUACGAACAAAUAAAAGAACCCGUUGAUGCAAAAAUGGAUAUCAAACAGAACGAAGCUAUACAAAUCUCAACAGACGUCACAUUGAAAACAUAUCUUCGUUCAAUAAUACAUAUGCCUAAAUCUUUAUCAAUUCUGUGUUUGACCAAUUUGUUCUGUUGGAUGUCUUUGGUUUGCUACUCCUUGUAUUUUACAGACUUUGUGGGCCAGGCGGUAUAUCAUGGGGACCCAAGUGCUCCCAGAGGUAGCAUAAAACAUGAACGAUAUGAUAAAGGGGUGCGCCUGGGAUCCUUUGCAAUGUCAUUAUAUUCGCUGUCUUGUGCUAUAUAUUCUUACGUCUUUGAGAGAUUGGUAAAGAAAUUCAAAGCUCGUACCGUGUAUGUUUGUGGACAACUAGCUUAUAGUGUGGGCAUGGUUGUUAUAGCGUUGUCCAGACACCCGAUAACGGUCAUUCUGAUGUCUCCCUCAGCUGGAAUCAUGUACUCUACACUAUUUACGAUGCCUUAUCUUUUGGUGGCACAUUAUCACACAACAGGACAAUUCACAGAACCGGACCAGAAGAUUCUUACAGACAAUUCCAAGCAAGUUCGAGGUCUGGGCACCGAUGUUGCACUGGUCAGCAGCAUGGUGUUCGUGGCGCAAUUUCUACUGUCCUCCUGUAUGGGCGGCAUAAUCCAUGUAAGCGGAACUACAGCAGCUGUGGUAGUGGCGGCGGCCGUUCUGAGUCUCUGCGGAGCUGUGACUGCUACUCAAGUCCUCUAUUUGGAUCUCUGACACAUAAAACUUUAUAUGCACACACAAACAACACAUCUGCAUAUAUACACUGCUAAUACUACUACUACUACUACUACUACUACUACUACUACUACUACUACCAUACAUACACAAACCCACAAAAACAACGCUCCCAUAUGUUGAAUUUUGUUGCCUUAGACCCGUUUUAGCUGUCAUAUAUGUGAUACUAGGGAAACUUAUUUACACUAAUGUCUGUCCACCAAUGUCUUUGUGUAACGUAAAUCUUCGAGUAUAAUCCGCAUUUUUUUCCCAAAAUUCAAAGGUCAAAAUCCCUAGUGCGUAUUAUACACGAGGUUAAAAAUGAAAAAUAUUUUCUAAGCAAUGUCCGAGUCUCAGUUUGUUGUCCGGCAA